GCUCUCAGUGAAAGGAGGAAAGUGUGGGAGGGAGUUUGUGGUUGAUUUCGACUCGGAGAUCAUGGCGUCGGGAUUUGUAAAGACCCCAGACGGUCAAACAAUAGCUGCCCUUGCUUUGAGCUGUGCUGCAAUAUGUGAUAGUAAGGAUAACAUCCGUUUGCUAGUUGCUGGUGGAAUGCCUGUAAACGCACGAGCCAAGACUGGGUGGACUGCACUGCAUGUCGCGGCGAUCGUCGGGCGCCCUGCAGCGGUGAAAUGUCUGCUGGAGUGUGGUGCAAAUGUCAAUGCGAGGAGUGACAAGCAGGAGACACCCCUACACUUUGCCGCAUUGUAUGGCAGAGUAAAGGAAGUAGAGCUGCUGAUUGCUGCCAAAGCGGACCUGGAAGUAGCUGACGAGAUGGGGGACACACCCCUGCAGUUGGCUGCGGCAUGGAACCAUGAGCGUGUGGUGAAUGUGCUUCUGAAGGCUGGUGCGAAAAUGAGAGACAGGGGCUUCCAGGAAAGGGCUCAUACGUGCGUUAUGGAGGAUGUGAGCAACCUUCUCCUACAUCUUAAAUUGGAUGUAGGAGAAGAACAGUGAGGUACAUGCACACACAGUACAUGCACACAGCUCACGGAUACGUGUGAACAAUGGCAUUCAGGUAUUGUGGACAGAGAUGAGAAGAUGUUAAAGAGCUGAAUUUUUUUUCUGAACUGUGUCGUAAUAAGUGACUGGCAUCUGCCGCUGAUGUUCAUCUCAAUGUCAUUAAUAAUAAAUGUCAUUAAAUGUA